AGAGUCGGUAUACUAAUAUCAAUGUCAAAAAUUUUAGGAUAUCGAUUCAAAAACAUCGAUAUUUUUCAUCGUGCGGCGUGCAGCUCUAACCUCAAAUUACAGUUCUUACAAUCAUACUGUAUUUCUGUUUUCUUAAUUAGUUAUUAUUUCUCUAUCACCAGAUAAGGUUAUAUUAUUAUUUGUCUAGCAUGGAAUUGCUGUCAGAUCAGGGAUUGAGGUUAGAUGGUAGACGUCCUGAAGAACUGAGAGAAAUUCGAUGCAAACUUGGUGUAUUCGAACAGCCCGAUGGAAGUGCUUACUUGGAACAAGGCAAUACCAAAGUAUUAGCUGCUGUGUACGGUCCUCAUCAAGUGCGGGGAGGCAGAGUGAAGGCUUUGGCUGACUCAGCAAUAGUGAACUGUCAGUACAGCAUGGCGACGUUCAGCACAGGUGAGCGGAAGCGGCGACCGCGCGGAGACCGGAAGUCGCAGGAGAUGACGUCACACCUCAAGCAGGCCUUGACCGCCGCCAUCAAAACCGAAAUCUAUCCGCGCUCGCAGAUCGACAUCUUCCUUGAAGUGUUGCAGGCAGAUGGGGGCAACUACUGUUGCUGUGUGAACGCGGCAACACUGGCUCUGAUAGACGCCGGCAUUCCCAUCAACGAGUACGUGAUCGGGUGCACCGCUUCGCUCGCCAACAACAGUGUUGCCAUGCUCGACAUCUCCCACCUCGAGGAGUCACUCGCCUCCUCGCCCAGUCUCGCCAUUGUUGCCAUGCCUCUCUCCAAAAAGAUCGUGGUGGCCGAGAUGCUGGAGAGAGUGCACGUGGAUCACUUGGCUGGGAUGGUGGGCGUAGCCCUGAAAGGAUGCCAGCAGAUCCAUGCCGUGUUGGACGCCGCAGUCAGAGCUCACAUGGCAGACAAGGGCAGCGCUUCACACUGGGGACAGAGCUUCGGCACCUGAUAAUUCAGAAUUCGGCAUUCGGCACCUAUAAAUACUCAUUAAAUACAAAUCAUUGCACCACUACA